AAGAUGAUCAGAUGACGUCAUAAAUGUGAUUUCUAAAGCUGGAAAAUGGCUGCAAGGUGUAAGAGUGUUCUAGCUUCUGCAAUGGGGUCGGUACUGGCCACUGCUGUUGAGUAUGAUACACCAAAGAUUGUGCACAUCAAGAACAAGAAAGUGGGAAUUCUAAAUAGGCUGGUCCAGCUAGGAAUUCUGGCCUAUGUGAUUGUGUAUGGCAUAGUGCUUCAGAAAGGUUAUCAAAAAACAGGACCUGUGUCUAGUGUGGUCACUACCAAGGUCAAGGGUGCCUCAGUGUACAAUGGUACUGAGGAUUACACUCAGCACUGCAUUGACGGGGAGGGCUUGUCUACAGCACCCUGGGACGUGGGGGACCUCAUCAUUCCCCCUGAGCAACCAAACAGCUUCUUCGUGAUGACCAACACCUGGAUCACUUGCAACCAGACAUGGGGUCAAUGCCCUGAGUCCCCCUCAGUCACUGACGCACCGUGUAAGAAUGACUCGGACUGUGCUGAGUACAAGGGGAAGGUGUUAAAGGGCGGUAAUGGACCCGUGACGGGACGAUGUGUGUUUGACUCUUAUAGUGGGGAGCAGCUGUGUGAGAUAACAGCUUGGUGUCCUACUGAGAGUGAAAAUAAGAGUAUUACGAAGAGUGGACCUAAGAUAGACAUCCGUGAGUUCACAGUCUUAGUCAAGAACUCAGUCGAGUUCCCCACAUUCAACACAGGAGACAGAAAACGCAACAUCUUGGAUAAUGUGAAUGAAACGUUCAUCAAAAAUUGUGUGCACAACGACUCCUCAUUGAACGGUCUCUACUGUCCUAUCUUCUCACUCGAGCAGAUUGUGGAUAUGAUUCCUCCCGAUAAAGAUGGCAAUAAAACUGACUUCAAAACUCUCGCUACCCUAGGUGGUGUGGUGGGACUAGAGAUAACCUGGAACUGUAACUUGGAUAUGGGGCUACAAAACUGUCAUCCGAAAUACUCGGCAAAAAGGUUGGACGAUCCUGACGUAAAAAUUUCACCUGGAUUUAACUUUAGGUUCACUAAGUACUACAACAGGGAUGGAUUGGAGUUUAGGAAGAUGUACAAGGCAUACGGCGUUCUCUUCAAGAUAGAAGUGUCUGGAGUGGGUGGAAAGUUUGAUCCAGUGAAUCUGGCUUUAAAGCUGGGUUCCAUGCUGGCUCUACUCAGUAUUGCGGCAGUGAUCUCUGAUAUUCUUGUACUCUACGUGUUGGGUAAACGCUCAUACUACCGUCGGAAAAAGUACCUCAACGUAAACGAUCCGAUAAUAGAUGACUACCAGGUCAUUGAAGAGGAAGAUGAGGAAGAGGUGACGCGAGCAACGAGUCCAAGUAUAAUGCCGUCCAUUAACAAUAGAUGACACGAUAAACCAACUGAAUAUACAUCGUGUCUUUUUGUACAUUAAUUUUAUUGUGAUUUUAUUUUAUAACACGUGUGUAUAUAUGUCAACAUUUUCGUAACAGGUUAGGUGUGAGUA